GUUGCCUGCUGAAACGCGAACGACGCCAGAGAACAAGACAAGAGAGCAACCAGAGUACUGCUGCAGCAAGGGACACGGCCAGGACAGCAGUCAGAGCCAAGAGCCUCCUCUAGACACUUCUUCUUCUUUCCUUGACGCGCGACAGGUCAACAAGAGACACAACCCACAGUAGCUUGUCAAAAUGGGAGAGCCAAUUCAGCGGAUCAUCAAGUUCGUUACGACGCAACACAUCAUCGAUGGCCGUCCGCUAGAGCAAGGCUUUCCAAUGCGGGCGUGGACAUGUGAAGUACUCAUGGAUGACGCGCAGGGCAAUGAAGUCACACCACCGUUCAUUGAUAAAGUCAUCUUCAAGCUGCAUCCUACCUUUCCGAAUCCAAACAAAACGAUCAAGCGUCCGCCGUUCAAGAUUGCAGAGGAAGGAUGGGGUGAGUUCGAGAUGCAUAUCGUGCUGCACUACACGGAUGGCGGUGGUUCGCAAACCAUCCCACACGACCUCAACUUCCAAACCGAACGGUAUGAGAAGCCACACACCUUGACGUUCAAGAACCCAAAGCCGAAUCUUCUGAGGGCUUUGCAGGCGUCUGGAUCAGUCCCUGCUGGGUAUAAUGCGGCUGGUACGAAUGGUGCUGGUGCCGGUGCGCCUGCUGGUGCUACAAAACGCGCUGCUGACGGUGGAGAUAAGAAAUCAAAGAAGCCAAAGAACAGGCCGGUGGAUAUGGAGAAGUUGGCUGAUGCGUUGCAGAAGCUCAAUGAAGAUGAUUUGCUCCAGAUUGUGCAAAUGGUGAAUGAUCAAAAGACGGACGACAUGUACGUCAAGAAUGAUAUUGAGGGUAUGUUUCUCUUUUCAAAGAUGAUGAACACAAGCUAACAGUGACAGAGGGCGAGUUCCACCUGGAUCUACACACAUUGAGCGAC